UGGACAGCUUUCAAUCGGGGUCCUUCAGAGGUCCUUUGAAUGCAUGUGGCGCGAUAUGGGAAACUGAGGCGUAAAUAGUUUUGACAGCCGUUUUCUUCUUAAAGAGAGGCUUAAAAUUUAUCUAAACAACAUGUUUUCUGCAGAGCAGGGUUGCUGGUUUAUCCGCAAGGUAAUUUGUUGGAGAGCUGCAGCCAGUAUUGCUUGGGCUGUACUGUUGUUGCCACCCAGCACAGCGAUUUUUGUGAUCCUCAGCAAGUUCAGUGUUCUCCACCCCAUCCAGACCAUAUCAGAAUGCUUCUCCAUGCUAACAAGUGCAACUGCCAUCUUCUCUUUCAUCCUGCUGUGUGGAGUGAUCAUCAUGGUUGGUUUCUUGAACUUUGAGUAUUACACAGUCAUUCCAACUAUUGCAUGCUCGAAAAUCGCACUCUUUGGUCAGCUCCUCCACCCUCGACAGCUUGUCAACUCCCUGGUCCACUGCAUCAUGGGAAUGAUCGUGGCUUGGUGUUCUGCCGUUACCAUCGGUUUUAGAUACGAAACUCUUGGCCACCCGUGUGCACAGACCGAUGGUUAUCAUCAGAUGUGUCUGAAUGAAUAUCAUCUCAUCCUUCUGCUGGGUGGAGCUUUUGUUGGAUUCUCUCACAGUCUGCUGGGUGUGAUCCACAACAUGAACUAUGUCUCCUUCCAUACUGUUCAGCAAUACAAAUACCUUCGCUUCAAGGGAUGUCUUCCUUUGGUGGUUAAGUGCAGUGCCACUCAGGCACUUUACUCUGUCAGGAACUUCAUCGUUGUUUAUUACUUUUUGGGGUACAUUCCAAGAACAUGGAUCUGUAAAACACUGAAUCUUCACUUGGGCAGCUCUGCCCACCCUCUUGACAGCAUAGCUGGAUUGCUGGACCUCUCCCUCCUCUACCACCUCUGGAUCAGUGCCACCUUUCUCCUCUUCACUUGGUACAUCACACUGCUGCUCUUUAGGAUUUUUCUCACUGAGGGGUACAGUUUUCCUGUGCAGUCAUCUUUUACUGAAGAUGCAGACCAUUGUCUUCCUAAAGUACUGACUGAAAAGCAGCCAAUGAUAUUAAAGUUCCUAGCUUUGCAGGACUUGGCUCUGUUGUCUCAACAUUCUCCAUUACGACGCUGUGAAGUCUUCAGUCUGAGUCAACCAGGUGGACAUCCUCAUAACUGGAAUGCUAUCAGUAAAGAGUGCCUCUCUCUGCUGGCUGAUCUGACUCAGAGACUUGUAGCCUAUCAUGACACUGUAGCAACCAAUGGCAGGGCCAAAUCACUGUCGAGUGGAAGCGAAAGGAAGACCUCUUCUGAAACAUCAGGUACAGAAGACUUCAUGAGUCCAAGGCCUACCGCUCUCAUGAAAACUCCAGCUUCAGUCUUCACUCGGUCCAUUGCUGGAGGCCAGCAGAGCCCUCUAACAGCCCCAUUCACCCCUGAUCUGGACAGCCCUUUUAUGUCUCCUGCACUGCGGCGUCUUGCUGCUCCUGUGGAGCAAGGCUCACCUUGGUACGGCACAGUGCAGAGCCCCCACAUCAUGAGGCGAGUGCCCAAACUCUGGUCCACAUCCACAGAUUCCCAGGUUAAUGGCAGUUCUCCACCAUCACCAGCUUCAGUUCCCAGUGACAAGCAGGAACCCUCCAAACCAAGUUUUCUGGCUCAGUUCCUCCAGAACAGAAGAGAACAGGUUAAAAAUUUCUUGGCAAAGCGGGUGCUGAUAGUGUAUUUGUUUAACAAGCUCCCAGAAGCCUCGAGUCAGGCUCUCUUUGCUGACAGUCAGGCCCACAUCUGGGCUUUGGAAGGGCUGUCUUACCUUGUUCAAGCCUCAUUCUCUGAAGAUCAGUUUGGGGUUGUGCAGACUACAUUACCCAGCAUUCUCAGCUGCAUGCUGGUCUUACAAGAGGCUGUCGAUCGACACUUCAAGCUGCCUCAUGCCUCCAGUAAGCCUGUCAGGUCGACCAGCAGCAUGGGAGACUCGACAUACAAAACGCUGCGCUUUGCUCUCAGGGCCACACUAAAGACUGCCAUCUACAGGAUAACAACCACAUUUGGUGAUCACUUAAAUGCUGUUCAGCUGUCUGCAGAGCAUCGGAAAAGAUUGCAGCAGUUUCUGGAGUACAAGGAGUAAUGCAUUCGACGCUGGCCGUGCCUUGAGAUUCUUAUCGGUGUCAUUUUUGUGCAUGAAGAUGUCAACAAGUGAAAGGCCAUGAUAGUGCCUUUUUUAAUAUUUAUGUCUGCACUAUACCGUGGGAUUAUAUUUGAUGGUUGAGAUCACAUCUCUCACAUGCAGGAAGGAGCAGGAAGCCAAAGUGACAGACUGAAACGGGUUGAAGGACUGUUAUCUCUUGUGUUUAGGAGAUAUUAAUCUACCCUACAGUAUAAGAGGCUCAAAAUAAAUACAUAAAAUUGUUUCCUCAUAAGGAAACGUGAGAAAUUCAUAUAUGACGUUUGCUAAUUGGGACGAGUUACAAAGGGCUCUCUGUGCUGCAUCAUCAUCUUUGGAUUUCAUAUUUCAGCUGCUGUCCGUCAGAAGCCGUCUUUGUUUUGUAAUGAGCUUUUUUGUGAUUCACAGGUGUCUGAAAUGUAUUCUGAACAUGCAUUUUCAUAGAUCUGGUUUUGAGUCUAACCACCUGCCUAAAAAACUGAUCAUCUGUCUGCAUCAGCUCAGCAAAAUACAUUUUCAGAUUAGACACCAGCAUUUGUACAUGUUACCUGUUUGUAUGAUUUUGUUUUUUGUUUGUUUUCAUGAUAAAUGAGGUUAUGUCAGAGGAACAGGUUUGGUGCAGCAGGUUUUAAGCCUGGAUAAAUGUUGUCACUCUCAGAAUAUAAGUUUCUGCUCAAAAAACUGUUUGAAUAAAAACACGUGAAGAUCAUU